AUGGCUCCUCCCAACGGCAGCAUGGGUCCUCCUAACAGCAACAUGGGUCGUCCUAACGGCAACAUGGCUCCUCCUAACAACAACAUGGGCCCUCCUAACAACAACGUGGGCCCUCCUAACAGCAACAUGGGUCCUCCCAUGAACCCUCAAGGCAUGCCUAUGCCAGGUCAGACCUACGGCCGUGUCCAUCCACCCACCGGCCAACCCAUGCCUNCCCAACCAGCAACCAGGCCAAAUCCCCCAGCCCCAGCCAAACUUCUACACCACGCACCCUCGCGUCAUCACUCCGGCCACUGGUCCNCCUAA